UGUAGGGUUUUUAGUUUUUACUUCGGAUUAAAAUCUCUCCAAAAACCAGAGCUUUCUCAGGGUCAAUGGCGCCUGUUAUUAGCAGAGGCUUAGCCACUGCUUCUUUAGCUGCCAUCCCUUCUUCAACGCCCUUCUCACUCAAAAACCCCAAGAAGCUUUUUAAUCUUAGAGGCGCUUUCUUGCCACUGAAUGGUCCUAGAAAGGGCUUCUCUUGCAGCGGAUUAAGGUGGAAACUUGAGAAGAGAAACGACCGGAUUGUGGUGCGGUGUGAGGCUGCGGUUGCUGAUAAAGAGGCCGAAGAGACAUCUGGUGAGAAGUUUGAGUACCAGGCCGAGGUCAGUCGUCUGUUGGAUUUGAUAGUUCAUAGUUUGUACAGCCACAAGGAGGUGUUUCUGCGAGAACUUGUGAGCAAUGCUAGUGAUGCCUUGGAUAAGCUGAGGUUCUUAAGUGUGACUGAGCCUGCACUGCUUGGAGAUGCUGGAGAGCUAGAGAUACGUAUCAAACCUGAUCCAGACAAUGGGACCAUAACUAUCACAGAUACUGGUAUUGGAAUGACCAAAGAAGAGCUCAUUGACUGUCUUGGAACGAUUGCCCAAAGUGGUACUUCAAAAUUUCUCAAAGCCCUCAAGGAAAAUAAGGAUCUUGGGGCAGAUAAUGGUUUGAUUGGUCAAUUUGGUGUUGGAUUCUAUUCUGCUUUUCUUGUAGCUGAGAAGGUUGUGGUGUCUACAAAGAGUCCUAGGUCAGAUAAGCAAUAUGUUUGGGAAGCAGUUGCUGACAGUAGCUCCUAUGUGAUAAGGGAAGAAACUGAUCGAGAAAAACUUUUACGUCGUGGAACACAAAUCACUCUUUAUUUAAAAGAGGAUGACAAGUAUGAAUUUUCAGAACCCACUAGAAUUCAGAAUUUGGUGAAGAAUUACUCUCAGUUUGUUUCUUUCCCCAUCUACACCUGGCAAGAAAAAUCAAGGACAGUUGAGGUGGAGGAGGAAGAACCCCCAAAAGAGGGAGAAGAAGAGGAGCCUGAGGGUGAGAAGCAAAAGAAAAAGACAAGUAAAACUGAGAAAUACUGGGACUGGGAAUUGGCAAAUGAAACAAAACCAAUAUGGAUGCGGAAUCCCAAGGAUGUUCAAAAAGAUGAAUACCAUGAAUUCUAUAAGAAGACUUUCAAUGAGUUCUUGGAUCCACUUGCAUAUUCUCACUUUACAACAGAGGGUGAAGUGGAGUUUAGGAGUGUAAUAUACCUUCCUGGCAUGGGUCCUCUUAACAAUGAGGAGGUGAUGAAUCCAAAAACAAAGAAUAUACGUCUUUAUGUGAAGCGUGUGUUUAUCUCAGAUGAUUUUGAUGGAGAGCUGUUUCCCCGAUAUUUGAGCUUCGUCAAGGGUGUGGUGGACUCAGACGAUCUCCCUCUUAAUGUUUCUCGAGAGAUUCUUCAAGAAAGUCGUAUUGUAAGAAUUAUGAGAAAAAGAUUAGUCAGGAAAACGUUUGACAUGAUUCAAGACCUUGCUGAAAGUGAAAAUAAAGAGGAUUAUAAAAAAUUCUGGGAGAAUUUUGGUAGGUUUCUAAAGUUAGGAUGCAUUGAAGACACUGGUAAUCAUAAGCGCAUAACUCCACUACUUCGGUUUUACACAUCAAAAAGUGAAGAAGAACUGACAAGCUUGGAUGAAUAUGUUGAAAACAUGGGUGAGAACCAAAAGGCUAUAUAUUACUUGGCAACUGACAGCUUGAAGAGUGCAAAGACUGCACCAUUCUUGGAGAAGUUGGUUCAGAAGGACAUUGAGGUUCUGUAUUUGAUUGAACCUAUUGAUGAAGUUGCCAUCCAGAACCUUCAGACCUACAAAGAGAAGAAGUUUGUCGAUAUCAGCAAGGAGGAUUUGGAGCUUGGAGAUGAGGAUGAGGUGAAAGAAAGGGAAACUAAACAAGAAUAUAAUCUUCUCUGUGAUUGGAUAAAGCAACAACUUGGUGACAAGGUGGCCAAGGUCCAAAUUUCUAAGCGUCUAAGCUCAUCUCCAUGUGUGCUUGUGUCUGGCAAGUUUGGAUGGUCGGCCAAUAUGGAGAGGUUGAUGAAAGCCCAAGCUCUUGGAGAUACUUCAAGUUUGGAAUUCAUGAGGGGCCGCAGGAUAUUGGAGAUCAAUCCCGAUCACCCUAUCGUUAAAGACUUAAAUGCUGCAUGUAAGAAUGCACCUGAUAGCACCGAUGCCAAGAGAGCAGUUGACCUUUUAUACGAUACAGCAUUGAUCUCCAGUGGAUUCACACCUGAUAGCCCAGCAGAGUUAGGUAACAAGAUAUACGAGAUGAUGGCAAUGGCCCUCGGAGGAAGAUGGGGUAGAGCAGAUGGAGAUGAGGUAGAGACAUCAGAAGAUGAUGCUGCUGAAACUGAUCCAAGUUCAGCAGCAGAGACUGAAGUAAUUGAACCAUCAGAAGUGAGGGCAGAGAAUGAUCCCUGGCAGGAAUAAACAAUCCCAUUUGUUUUUGUAUCAAAAUAAUGCAAGAACAAGAGACUGAUGAAACAGAUGAAAAUUUUUGGCUGGUUUAAGAGGACUUGAAGAUUUAAUGCAAAGUAGGGACUGAUUUUGUGUUCCUUGAAUGGAUAGAUGUGAUUCAUAAGGG